AUGACCACUAUGAUGUACGGCGGGGACGACAUUUGGACAGGGACUCCAUCUUAUGACGCUUCAGCUAUGCUAUCCCAAACACUAUGUAACAUUGCCGACUCGGCUGCUGCUCUUCGAGAGAUUAAGUUUGCGACAGAUAUUCUAUGUGUUAACCUAUCUACCGGUGACCCUGAAUAUCUUUAG